AUGUUCACCGGCAUCGUCGAAGAAAUCGGAGUCGUCUCCGAGCUCAACCCCAACGACGAGACAGGAGGCACCUCCCUCACAAUCACUCUGCCAGAGUCCUCCACCCUCCUCUCAGACUGCCACCUCGGCGACUCAAUCGCCAUCAACGGCGUCUGCCUCACCGUCACGUCCUUUGAAGCCUCCGGCCCCCCCUCCUUCAAGGUCGGCGUCGCCCCCGAGACCCUGCGCAUCACCAACCUCGGGUCCCUGGUCAAGGACUCGCGCGCCAACCUCGAGCGCGCCGUCCGCGCCGACACCCGCAUGGGCGGCCACUUCGUCCAGGGCCACGUCGACACCACGGCCACCAUCCUGGCCGUCACCCCUGACGGCAACGCCCUCACCUUCCGCUUCGCGCCGCGGGACAAGGCCGUCCUGCGCUACAUCAUCUACAAGGGCUACGUCGCGCUCGACGGCACGAGCCUGACCGUGACGCAGGUCAAUGACGAGGAGGGCUGGUGGGAGGUCAUGCUGAUCAGCUACACGCAGGAAAAGGUCGUUGUCGCGAGCAAGAAGCCCGGUGACACUGUCAACAUUGAGGUGGACAUGAUGGCAAAGUAUGCUGAGAAGAGCCUCGCGGGGUACCUCGGCGGUGCCGGCAGUGCUCCGUUGGAGAGAAUGGUUGAGCGGAUCGUAGCUCAGGGACUUGGUGGCAGGUCUUGA